AACGUUGCCGGGCCGAUUAAGAUGGCGGAGCUGAACGAGCAUCAUCGCGGAGAGGUUCUCAGUUAUAUGCGAUUCGCUCAGUCCAAGCGACUGCUCCGGCUUAAGAGCGUGGCCUCCUGCUUCCAGGAUGUGCGGGAGAGCCGGCUGGUGGAGGACACGUACACGGCGGAGGAGGUAGCCGAGCUGCUGAGCGGCCUGCAGGCUGUGGUGCAGAGCGAGCUGGAACUGGAGCUCAUCAACUCGGCCCAUACCAAUGUGCUUCUCUUACAGCAGCUCUUCUCCCAGGCCCAGCACUGGCACCUCCGGCUGCACACCGACAUCUCCGAGCUGGAGAACCGCCAGCUCCUGGAGCAGGUGGCCGAGCUGGAGAAGAGCCAAGAGCUGGGGCCCUCUGCUAAGGGCCCCCAGGCCAACAAGCCUAGACUGGUCCCAUUGAGCGAGGGCGGUUCUUCCUCAGACCUUCUCCACAGUCAGAUCACCCGUCUCCAAGAAGAGAACGACAAGCUGCGCUCCCGGCUUCGCACUCUGGAAGGCCAAGCGACCGCCGCCCUGGACGACAAACGCAGCGCAGAGCAAACCCUCAAAGAUCUGAAGAUCCAGUUCCAGGCCAAGCAGAACUCUCAGGCUUCACAAGAGGUCAGUCACCUGGAGGACACCAUGACCAACCUCAAGCUGGAGUUCCAGAAGACGCUAGGCGACCACACGAGCAGCCAGAAGAACCUGGAGGAGAACCUGACCAAGACCAAACAUGAGCUCCUGAGGGUCAAUGAGCAGCUGACCAUGGCGGAGAAAGAGCUGGACAAGAAGUUCCAGGAGACCGGCGCCUACCGUAACAUGAAGGACAUCCUGACCCGGAAAAACGAGCAGAUCAAGGACCUCCGAAGGAGGUUGUCAAAGUAUGAAGCAGAAGACUGAGCUGCAGCCGGCUGAGUCCCAUGUUCUUGGUUGACCUGUUCUAUAAUUUUGAUAAACCCAAAGAUUUGUCUCCAGCCUGAACCCAUAAUCCGGAUUAUCAGAAUAAAUUACACCAGUUUAGUUUUUCCCCACAGUUAAACUAGUCGUCAUUGACAUUUCUUAACCCAGCUGAACUUCCUGACCACACAGCCAGUCUCAAGGUGGAGUUACAGAAGAUCCUAGGUAGUGAUCUUCGAACCUGUAGCUCUCAGCUGUUGUAAAACUACAACUCCCAUCAUGCCCUGAUAGCCUGCCUGCUGUCAGAACAUGCUGGAGAGACACAGGUUUGGAGAUCACUGCCCUAGGAGACCUCAUCCUCAAGAACCUGACCACCAGUAGACAAGAACUCUCCAUCCAUGACCGAAAAGAAGCUGAAGAAUCUCCAAGUGUAGUGAAACAUGAGCAGGACCAGAAGAUUGCUGCCACCACAAAUCCAAGGGUGACACUUCUUAUGAUGAUGAUGAUCCACCUCUGAUAUCAUAUUAGGGGCCCUAUUUUCCAAGUGUGUUUAUUGGACGCUGGUGAUCACCACACUCCUCAUCCAGGUGGACCUCAGUUUAAUGCCAGUGCUACAGGGACACGCGGCAGCUGAAAUCAGCACCAUGUUUGGGUACACAGUGACCACCACAAAUAAGGCUCUGUUCACAUCAAGUUUCAGAUUUUAUCAUAAAUGGCAGCUAAAUAUUGCAAUCUGCUGCGCUAUGUUCUCCGGUACAAUGCUGGACACCUUGAUGGAAACCCAGUGGAGUUAAUGGAGCCCAUUGGGUAAUGUUGGCAUUUGUUGUGUCCGUCAAUGGAGCAGAACAAUGGAAUUGCUGAAUGCAGAUGUGAACAGAGCCUUAGUCGCCUACAAUUUAUUUUGGCCAUGUUGGGUUACAUGUAUUGUGCGUUUCCUCCCGUUGUGACUUCUGGAGUCCUUGUGUCGAAGGGCCAUCAGAUGGCCCUGACCUACAACCCGAUCAACUUCCGGUAUUCAGGUACUUCCACAUGGGACAUAAAAAGCGGUGGAUCUACAUGGGUUACUAGUGGAUUUUGUUGCAGAGUGAAAUCCGCUGCGGCCUUCGUGUCUGCCUCGCAGGGUCAAUUUCUGCACUUUUUAUUUUUAUUUUUUACGCAAUGUGAAAAUUAGCUGCUUCUGUAAAAUGCUGCAGAUUUUCCGUCCCAACUGAAGUGGCAGAAAAUCUGCAGUGUGUCUGCCCCAUGUGGACGUGCCCCUACUGAUCAGCUACUUCCUUAGAAGGCGUCAUUCCUGCUCUAUCCUUCCAUCCAGUGAUACAGGAACCAACUGGAAAAUUAAAAUGUUUAUAUUUUUUUUUUCACUUCAUUAAAACCGGUUUCUGAUUUGUAGAAGCGUUGCCUACUUUUUAUCCACUGGAGAUUCACGCAAUAGGUUUAAAAAAUAGCAGCCAUCCUCAAACUGCGGCCCUCCAGCUGUUGCAAAACUACAACUCCCAGCAUGCUCGAACAGC